UGCGGCGGCGCGGCGGAGUGGGGCGCGCGGGAGCGCUCGUACUGGCGGGCGCUGAAGCGGCGGGUGCUGGGCCCGCCGGCGCCGCCGUUCGCCGCCGUGUGCCAGGUGGGGGCCCCGGUGCUGCGCGGCGCCGCCGCCGCCGUGGCCCCGGAGCGCCUGGGCGGCGCCGAGCUGCGGGCGCUGGCGGCGGCGCUGGCGGCGGCGCUGCGCCGCGGGCCCUUCCUGGGCCUCAGCGCCCCGCAGCUGGGGGUGCCGCUGCGCGUCUUCGCGGCGGAGCUGCCGCCCGCCCUCUGCGGCCAGUACCCGCCGGCGCUGCGCCGCGCCCGCCGCCUCGAGCCCUUCCCGCUCCGCGUCCUCGUCAACCCCCAGCUCCGCGUCCUCGACGCCCGCCUCGUCACCGCCCCCGAGGGCUGCGCCAGCCUCGCCGGCUUCUCCGCCUGUGUCCCGCGGCACUGGGCUGUGCACGUCUCCGGUGUGGACGAGACCGGGGAGCCGGUGAGCUGGGAGGCGACAGGCUGGGCCGCCCGCGUUAUCCAGCAUGAGAUGGACCACCUGGACGGCAUCCUCUACAUCGACAAGAUGGACAGCCGGACCUUCACCAACGUCCACUGGAUGGAGCUCCUCGAGUGAGCCUUGCCCCACAGACACACCGUAGCCUGUCCUCCCCCCGCAGCCAUGGGACGACCGGCCCAGUGCUGGGACAAACCCCCACCAGACAGCGCAGCCCGGGCUGCGGGGCCGGGAGCAGCCCGACGCACCCCAGACCCUCCUGCGGAGGCUGCUGCACCUGACACGAGCACCUGGUGGGGAAGAACAACUGAGCCACAGCCUGAGAGACUCAAAUUCAGCUGUACUGCGCUCAAUACAGAGUGUUUCAGGACUUGG